GGCUGCCUCCACCACCCCAACGAAGUCAAUUGCCAGCAUAGCAACCAGAAACCAAGCCUUGGCUCUGUUUUGGACCUCAUAACUGAAACAGUGGGUUUGGCUGAAAUUGAAUGAAUUAAGCAUAUUUGGAAAAAAUCUCCCAUGGUACUGGUGAUUUUUAACGUGUCAUAAACUGUCUGGGGUUGUGGGUGAAUAAUAACAUGACCAAGAUUGAUGGCACAAUGCUGUUAAAUAUAUUUACAGCAGUACAGAAUUUCAACUAGUUCUAAAAAAAAUCUCUCUGAAGUGGGAGAAUUGGCAUUAAAAUAGCAAACGAGAUUCAGAUUCAGUCAGCAAAUGUAAAAUGAUGCAAAUUUGAAAGAAAAACAGUCUGACUGAUCAAGAGAAAGCGUUCUACGAGAUAGCUUCAUGAAAGUAUCAACCCAGUGUAUAGUUGCUAUAAAAAUAGUCAGUCAUAAUUAGAAUAGAACUUAAAAUCAUAGUCUAAGCAUCCCAAUCACAAAACUCUUCCAAAAUCCCACUCCUUCAAGGCAACGGCUGUGGUUCUGCAGGUUUGUAGGCUUAAUGUGGGUGUCUGACAAGUUCCAAGGAAGAGACUGGAGAAAGACACUAAGCUGGGUAGAGAUCCAAGGCUAGAACAAAAUGUGAGAAUCUAAAAUAAUGAGAGGUAUAGAUUUACACUAAGCAUUUUGCUUGGAUUCUGACCGUCUUACAGAUUUUCAUUCUCCACCCUCACAUCUCAUCCAGAACACAAGUAGUGAACAAACAAGACACGAAUCUGGAGAGGGACGGAAGUACACUCGCAACGUGUAAUAAAAUGGCACAUGUGCAGACCAGCAGGACUUUCUGCACAAAUCAAAAGAGGAAGCGUUUGUGUUUAUCCAUAGCUCAGAAAGUCAAGCUGUUGGAGAAAUUGGACAGUGGUGUAAGUGUGAAACAUCUUACACAAGAGUAUGGUGUUGGAAUGACCACUAUAUAUGAUCUAAAGAAACAGAAGGAUAAACUGUUGAAAUUCUAUGCUGAAAGUGAUGAAGAAAAGUUAAUGAAAAAUAGAAAAACACUGCAUAAAGCUAAAAAUGAAGAUCUUGAUCGUGUAUUGAAAGAGUGGAUCUGUCAGCGUCGCAUCGAACACCUGCCACUUAAUGGUAUGCUCAUCAUGAAACAAGCAAAGAUCUAUCACAAUGAAUUGAAAAUUGAAGGAAACUGUGAAUAUUCAAAGGGUUGGUUGCAGAAGUUUAAGAAACGGCAUGGCAUUACAUUUUUAAAGAUUCGGGGUGGUAAAGCAUCUGAUCACAAAGCUCCGGAGAAACUCAUUUACAAGUUUGUCAAAGUCCUCUCUGAUAAAACUCUGACCCCAGAACAAGUCCAUAAUGCUGAUGAAACAUCACGGUUUGGGCAUUAUUGCCCCAGAAAGACACUGACAACAGCUGAUGAGGUAGGAAUUAGGGAUGUCAAGGACAAAAUAACUGUGCUGGGUCUUGCUAAUGCAAAAGGCAGACACAAGUGUAAACUUGUGAUAGGCAAAAACUUGCAUCCUCACUGUUUUAAAGGAGUAACUUACUUACCAAUCCGUGACUAUGCUAACCCAAAGGCAUGGAUCAGCAAUGAUAUUUUUUCUGAUUGGUUUCACAAACAUUGUGUACCUGCAGAUCAAUCUCACUGCAGGGAAACUGGACUGGAUGAUGACGGCAAUAUUUUGUUAUUCCUUAACAGCUGUUCUGCUCAUCCUCUGGUUGAUAUUCUAAUACAUAACAAUGUUCAUGCCAUGUCACCCCCAAAUGUGACUUCAUUAAUUCAGCCAUGCAGUCAGAGUAUCCUUAGAUCAGUGAAAACUAAAUAUAAACCCCUUUUCUUGAACAGCCUGCUAGCAGCAGUGAACAAAGGCAUGGGUGUGGAAGGUUUUCAGAGGGAGUUUAACAUGAAGGAUAUUGUAUAUGUUGUUGCCAAUGCUUGGAACACUGCAACUAGAAACACAGUUAUGCAGGCCUGGUACAACCUCUGGCCUGUGACUAUCUUCCGUGGUGAUGAUGAAAAAGAUGAUGAAUUUGAAGGAUGCUGUAUAUCAAGUGAGAAAACGGUAACUUCUGGCCUCCUCACAUAUGCAAAAAACAUACCUGCAAAGCCCAUUAGUAAGCUGGAAGAAAUGGAUAAUGAAGUUUUUAACAUUGAUAAUGAGACUCCCAUUGUUUAUUCAUUGGCUGACAGUGACGUGAAAUAGUUGAAUUAGGGCAAUUGUGAUUAUGA